AUGAUUCUCAAAUACAUCACUGCAGUAUUCCUUUUUUUCUGGUUGUUUCUAAAUGAAGGACAUGGAGCAUCAUUUUCAAAUGUUUACGUUCAAAGUAAGCCCGUAGAAUUUGUGAAAUAUGGACCCGCAGCUUCUAUCGUCACUCCAGAACUGGCUCAAAUAUCAGCUGCACCAGUGGAACCAUUUGUGCAACUGGAAUCUGUACAAGGAAUUGUUUCUCCGUGUGUAGCGCCUUGUGUGAUACCAGGAGCACCCAUUGCAGCAAUACCUCCACAAGCCAGAGCAAAUAUUAUUGCGUAUAAAUCACCAAUUGCUAAUGUCCCUGUUGUAUAUACGAAUAAUGAUGACGCGGCCAGCUACCAAUACUCUUAUGCAGUAUAUGAUGAGAAUACUGGUGAUCAAAAAUCACAAACUGAAAAAAGCGAUGGGUCCGUGGUUCAAGGACAAUAUUCACUGAUUGAGCCAAACGGAUCCAGGCGUGAAGUUACUUACACAGCCGACGAUACUAAAGGAUUUAACGCAGUCGUUCGAAAUUUUACGCCUAAGGCUCCAGAAGUUUCCGAUAAAUCUGAAAAUAAAGAUUCCAGCCCACCUUGCAACGUAGUAAAGAGUGAGCAAAUUAACGAGGAACCGAAAGAGGACGGAGCAGAAGGUCAACCCAUAGAAGUUGAAAACAACAAUCGUGAAGAAACCUCAAGUGAUAUUGAAACUACUCCUGGAGACAUUCCAAAUGCCGAAGAACUAACUACUGAACAAACUUCAAAAGGCGAAACACCAGAUUUAUCUGAUUCUAAUAAUGUUGUAUCCUACAGCGAUAUAAUUAAAUGUCUUCAAGGGAAACUUCGGGGAGCAAACGUUGAUUUUCAGCCUCGUAGUAAUCCGUCUCCUUUAACAUAUAUUCUCUUGCCCACAUUAGCUAGUAAACCAUGUUAGAUGAUCUACAAAACACGAUAGAUCAUCAAGUCUUCCUCGUGAAGUCUAUUGUUACUAUGUAUAUUUGAAUGUAAAAAUAUUUACUUAUAUUAUCAAGCCAGUUUAGAUUAUUUACCAUAAU